UUAACACCGCCACAAAAUCGUCUCUUUCUAGAGAGAGAAGAUCGUGCAAUUCGCUUUGUCCACGCUAGAGUCUAGAGAGAGAGAGAGAGAGAAAUGGAGAAGGAGAGAGAGCAGCAAGUUUACUUGGCCAGGCUCGCUGAGCAAGCAGAGAGAUACGAUGAAAUGGUGGAAGCAAUGAAACAAGUUGCGAGAUUGGAUGUUGAACUGACUGUCGAGGAGAGGAACUUGGUUUCAGUUGGGUACAAGAAUGUUAUCGGUGCAAGAAGGGCAUCCUGGCGGAUUUUAUCUUCCAUUGAACAAAAAGAGGAAAGUAAGGGGCAUGAACAGAAUGUGAAGAGAAUAAAGAGUUACAGACAACAGGUUGAAGAUGAACUCACUAAGAUAUGCAUGGACAUACUCGCCGUGAUUGAUGACCAUCUACUUCCAUCUUCUACAACAGGAGAGUCGUCUGUUUUUUAUUACAAAAUGAAAGGAGACUAUUACCGCUAUCUAGCUGAAUUCAAGGGUACAGAUGAUCGUAAAGAGGCAGCAGACCAGUCACUCAAGGCAUACGAAGCUGCCACUAGUGCUGCUUCCACUGACCUAGCUCCUACACAUCCAAUUAGGCUUGGGUUGGCCCUUAACUUCUCUGUUUUCUACUAUGAGAUUUUGAAUUCCCCUGAGAGGGCUUGCCACCUUGCGAAACAAGCCUUUGAUGAAGCUAUAGCAGAACUCGACAGCCUCAAUGAAGAAUCCUACAAAGACAGCACUCUCAUCAUGCAGCUUCUAAGGGACAAUCUUACCUUGUGGACCUCAGAUCUUCCAGAAGAGGGAGGUGAGCAAUCCAAGGGCGACGAGAUUCAAGCAGAGAGCUAGAGCUUGGAAACGUGGUGCAAAAAAAGAAACGUUGUGGAAAUGGCUAAGACCUCAUGAUUGUUAACUUGUUUUAAAAUGGCAAGACACUAAACUACUUGCGAUCAUGAUUUUUCUUGUAUAAGUUCCUACUGCCAUUUUUCUCCUUAAUUUCAACUCAGCAUUAUUACAAGAUAUUAAAUCUUGAAACAACCAAUUUGAUUGAAAAAUGUAGCAUGAACUGGAUUCAGUUCGAUUUCUUACUA